AUGAAUAGACCACUUUCUUGUUCAGAUCCUAAGUUCAAUUUAUUUAAUGGGGGCUUAGGAUGCUCAAUGGAUGGAUGUGGUCAAUACAACAAGUGUCUUACAGUUUUAAAUGAAAAGUUUAUUGAAACAACAGGAUGUUGCCGUAUGAAAAUUUUAGAGCCAAACUUUGUGACAGUUUUUGUUUAUAUUUUGAUUGUCCCAGUUAUAGGAAUAGCUAGUUUGGGAGCUUUAGGAGGUAUAUAUAUAUUUUCUAAUUUAUUUAAGGAGGAAUAGUAAAGCGUCCAUUUCUGUAAGCCAUUCUGAAUUUUGAUGCAAGCAUAGCUGGAGAUAUUACUGCUUGUUUAAUGAUUAGUGCACAAAUAAUUAAUAUGGUGUUCAUAUUUCUCUAAAAGUAAUUUUGCAGAUUAAGUAAAAUAGUCAUCCUGAUGUACCAGAAAGACCAGUCAUUAAUUAUGACAUAGCUAUUAUUUAUACUUUAGCUAUUCCGGUUAGUUUGUGUUUAGGAAGUGAUUUAGCAAACUUUCUACCGUUACUACCUUUACUAUCAUUUCAAAUACUAUUUUUCUUAGCAAUAUCCCCUGUUUUAAUAUAUUAUGCUAGAAGACAAAAUGAAUUAGAAGAUAUAAAAGAUCAAAACAGUGAUGUAGUAAAGGAAUCUGCACUUCUGACAGUGUCUUAGUAAUAAAUUUAAAAUCAGAAUGAUUAUACUGAAAAUUAAGCUAAGCUUUAUAAAUAGCUUUAUGCUGAACAAUGUUAAAGAUUUCCACUUGUACCUAUUUUAAUAACCUUGGGAAAUUUUGCAAUCAAUGAAGUAAUAAUUACUAUUAUCUAUUAUUAGCUUUUAUUACUGUUGAGAUCUUCUCCAUAUCAAUAUUCUCCAUAUUUCUUUCCAGAAGGAGAUUUAAAUAAUUAAAAUAGGGAUAAAGGUCCUUGUGAACCUUGGAAUUUUUAUAUGGUUCUUUUAUUAACAGGAGUAAACUUUUUGAUAACAGGUUCUGUUUACUUUUUCAUGAGAAAAAAAGAAUUGUUAAAAAAUACAGUAAAUUUUUAUCCUCAUGAACGUUACUUCACACCUCCUAGAAGAUUCUUUUUUGUUUAUGCAGCAGGAUUUUUAACAGGAUUUGUUGCUGGUUUUGUAGGAAUGGCAGCUGGAUUAACAAUGGUAGUAACUAUGGUUCAAUUUAAAUUGAUUGCUGCUGUUGCAGGAGCUACAGCCAACUAUUGUUAUUUCUUAAUAUGCAUUUAAGUAUUUACAAAUUUCCUCGUUGGUGCUUCAUAGAGUUAAGGUUUGGGUAUUGGUGAAUAAUUCUUUUUCUAUGCUUUAGGAGUAAUUAUUUUAUUAAGAUUUUAUAGAUAUUAGCAGUUCUAACAUUCACAAAUUAUGGUUAUAAAUUAUUGAAGAAAUAUAAUGUAGGGCAUAUCAUUUUUUAUAUUGACUUUGCUAUUGUUGUUUUAAAUAUUAUUGGUAACAUUGUAUGGGGAAUUGAGAAUGGUUAUCGGGAUGGUUUUCGUUCAUUGGAGUAACAGCCUUCAACAUGUGGAAAUUUGGUCCUUGAUAACUGA